ACUCUAGUGUAUAAGUAGAUAAAAGUAUCAAAUGAUUGUAAAAUCUAGUAUAUCCAAUGAUUUUGUGUAGUUAAUAUGGUAUAUGCAGUAAAUUGUUCUCGAGGAAAUCUUAGCGAGACAAAUUCGUGUCCCUCUCCGUGACCUCUUUUCAGUUCGGAGACACUGGUGUAAUUUUAAUGCGUCAUCAUUCGCGCCAUAAAGACUGUAUAGACUGCCCAUAAAGUGUUCGACCGAAUGCCUCAAUGAACGUGCUCUGCGUUUAUUUGCAAAUUUCCGGCAGUGUGUUUUUGAUGAUAGCCAUUUCGGAGGGUGAGGUGCUUCUGUAAAUCGUUUCCAUAUAGUAUGGCUUUAGUGAAUGUUGCUGCUCUCCAGUUCACAGCUUCUGCUCUUUUCGGGAGUCGUUCUGCAACUUCCAACCUUCCAGUCUUGCAUACUAGAAGAAAUUUCUCCACGAAGCCGGUAGUAAUGAGAGCGAGGCAGCCUGCCAGAACUGAAAGCGCGAAAACUCGAAACAAAAGAAUGCAGAAGAAGUACAACGGCACGGCUAAGAAGCCGAGGCUUUCAGUAUUCUGUUCCGACAAACAGUUGUAUGCAAUGCUGGUAGAUGACCGGAACAAGAAGUGUUUGUUUUAUGGAAGCACUCUGCAGAAAUCUAUACGUCAGGAUCCCCAUUGUAGUACCUCUGAAACUGCUAAACGUGUUGGCGAGGAGUUAAUCAAGGCCUGCAAUGAUCUCAACAUAGCUGAAAUAUCAUCUUAUGAUCGCAACGGCUUGGCUACUGGGGAAAGAAUUCAAGCAUUUGAGAUUGCAAUUUCAGAAUAUGGCUUCUUGUCAAGAUAA